GAAAAUUUCAGUGAACAAGAAAAACAUGAUUUGUAUCAAGUUGGCAAUUUUGCUGAGCGUCAGCGCGGCCAUUUUGGCAUCGCCUCUACCAGUCCCCGACUUAACUUUAUCUACUGCUCCAAUUAAAUUAGGAAGGCAAUUAAGCAGCGAUUUAGACGAUUUAGAUACAGCAGACAUGAUUAUCUUUCGACCAUUAUUCGUCUACAGAAAAAGAACGGCCGAAAAGUACAAAUUACGAAACGCUAUCGAUAGUAAUAGGAGAAUAUUCACUCGUAGAAGAAGAAUUUAUAGACCUUAUUAUUAAUUUUUAAUUUAGUUAAAUUAUGGUUUUUUUAUUCGUUUAUUUAUUUUAAUACAUAAACUUACAUUUGUAGCUAUAAAUAUGAGUAAAAUAAUUUUCAAGUAUACAUAUAAUACUUUCAUUUCUAAUCCCCAAUUUCCAAAAAAUUCCCCUAGUACAAAACCAGUACAGCACAAUGUAGUACAAGCGACAGUAUAGUGACAGUAAAUUACUGACACGUGACAGUAUACUAGUAACAGUAAAUUACUGACAAGUGACAGUAUACUAGUGACAGUAAAUUACUGACAGGUGACAGUAUUCUAGCGACAAUAUACUAGUGACAGUAAGCUAUAGUGACAAUAUACUAGCGACAAUAACAAAACACCGCAUCAAUCCAAACUCCUCGGCCCGUGUUCGGUUAUCCUCAUCGCCCCCAUUUCCCCCACUUUCGCAUCAACCCCCUCACUAGAUCCCCCAAAAUCCCCCCGGUACUCCAAAGAAUCCCCUGCUUUACCAUCGACACGAUACCUCUCGCCCCCUUCCGCAAAUCCCCCGUAAUCCCCCCGGUACUCCACCAAACCCCCUUCGCCCUCCAAGCGGUACUUCUCGCUCUUCUCACCAGAUCCCCGGUACUCCACCGAACCCCCUUCGCCCUCCAAGCGGUACUUCUCGCUCUUCUCACCAGAUCCCCCGUGUCUCUCAGUGGUCGCCCCGCGGUACUCCGGCCGGGGCUCGUCGAGCCGGUACUUCUUGCCCGGCUGCGCCGGCGGCUUCCUGCCCGGCGGGCCGUCGGUCAUGCCGGCUAUCACCUCGCCGAUGGCCUCCUCUUCGGGCAUGCCGCCGUAGUACCGGUCGCGGUAGCGGUACUGCUGGCCGGCGCGAUCGACCGCCGGCGGAUCGGACUUGGCCAGCGCGCCGAACGGAUGGUAGAGGAAGUAGCCGGCGAGGCCGGCGGUGACCGCCAGCCCGACGAGCCCCACGCCCAGCGUCGGUACCACCUCUCUCGAUAGGUAGCUGUAGAACUGGUUGCCGAUGGUUUCUUUCAAGUGAACUGGAUCGGUGGUGGUGGUGGUGGUACUCGGCGGUUUGCGCUUGCGCGUUUUGUUCUUCUUCUUCUUUUUCUUGUUGGCGUUGGUCGGGUACUUUUUGGUGCUGUUGGUGGCUUCGAGAUUAAUCGAGGCGACUUUGGCUUCGAUCGGAGCUUCAUUUGGUGGCUUGGUGAUGGGUUCCGGUUGCGUCUGCGUGGUGGGUACUGGUUGCUUGGUGGUGCUGGUGGUUGUGCUGCUGGUUGUGGUGGUGGUUGUGGUGGUGGUUGGUACCGUUUUGCCCGUCAGCAGGAUCCAGGAGGUGGUGGAUUUGUCCCUGGAUACCUCCACUUUGGCGUCCAAAGGGAUGGCUACGCCCGGAUGGGAGGCGUCCUGCGGGGGUUUCGGACGCUUCGUUUUCUCGCGCAGCUUCACCCUAGGUGGCGUCCUGACGUCCAG